CCAUAUUUCCUUUCAAGUUAACUCGAUAAUUUCAUUAGUAAACCUAGCCAGAUUUUGGAAACCUUUCGCGAAAUUCAGCAGAAGCAAUUUCGUUUUCAAAUUUUGUCCAAACCCAAAGAUCUUUUCAAUCGUAAAGAUCCUCGUCAAGAUAUAUCCACUGAUUAUAUCUGGGUGUAUAUAGACGAAAUCUUUCUAUUUGGGGUGUAGAAUUGAGGAUAAACAUGAGCUGGAGAAGAGUGGGAAAGGCAGCUCAAGCGGUGGCAGCGCACGCUUUGCUUUUCAGUUUCAUGGUUUCGCUUGUUCUAAAGCUCGAUCAUACUGUCUCCUACUCUUGGUGGAUUGUUUUUCUUCCACUGUGGCUAUUUCAUGCUGUUGUUGCCCGAGGAAGAUUCUCUCUACCUGCCCCAUCUGUUCCACAUGAUCGCCAUUGGGCACCAUGUCAUGCUGUUGUUGCUGCGCCGUUGCUUGUUGCAUUUGAACUGCUUCUCUGUACAUAUCUUGAGAGCACAGAUGUCAAUCAUUCUGCUGCAGUGAACUUGAAAAUUGUCUUCCUUCCUUUGUUGGGAUUUGAGGUUAUUAUCCUCAUUGACAAUUUCCGAAUGUGCAAAGCUUUAUUACCUGGAGAUAGUGAAAACAUGAGUGAUGAGGCAAUAUGGGAAACUCUUCCUCACUUCUGGGUGGCAAUCUCCAUGAUUUUCUUUCUUGCUGCUACAGUGUUCACCCUCCUGAAGCUAUGUGGUGAUAUUGGUGCCCUUGGCUGGUGGGACUUGUUCAUAAAUUAUGGUAUUGCAGAGUGCUUUGCAUUUCUUGUCUGCACAAAAUGGUCUAAUCCGGCGAUUCAUAGAAAUUCUCAUACAAUAGAAGCAAGUUCAUCAUCAACUGCUAUUAGAUAUCUUCACUGGAAUAGCGGUUUGGUGGUAUCUUCAGAUGAUCAGUCUCGGGAUAGAAUGUGUGGUCUGCAAGACAUUGGUGGCCACAUUAUGAAAAUUCCAAUUAUUAUUUUUCAAAUCCUCCUUUGUAUGCACCUUGAGGGAACACCACCAGUUGCUAGACAUGUUCCUCUUCCAAUCAUCUUUUCUCCUAUUUUUGUACUGCAAGCAGCUGGGCUCUUGUUUUCUGCAUCAAGAUUAGUUGAGAAAAUUGUUAUUUUACUACGAAAUGACGCUGUCAGAGGAAGAUAUGUUACAUACUCUUCAAGAGUUCGUGAUUGCUUUGCUUUCUUGCACCAUGGUUCCAGGCUGCUUGGCUGGUGGUCAUUAGAUGAAGCAAGUCGAGAAGAACAGGUGCGCCUCUUCCAAGAUGGGGUCUCAGGUUAUAACACUUUUUGCGGUUAUCCACCUGAUAUAGUGAAGAAAAUGCCAAAGAAGGAUCUCGCUGAGGAGGUUUGGAGACUUCAAGCUGCUCUUGGUGAGCAAAUGGAAAUUACCAAAUACAACCAACAGGAAUAUGAAAGACUUCAACAUGAAAAAGUUCUAUGUAGAGUCUGUUUCGAGGGAGAGAUUAGCCUGGUUCUUCUUCCAUGUAGGCACCGCAUUCUGUGCAGGUGUCCCAACUUAGCCAGACUAAAUCCUGGACCUCUAGCCCCCGGCCCCUCAGUGACUAGUGGAGGUAAAUCGCAGGUUGUGCCCUUGUUGGUUCUCAGGUUCCCACAUGACUUUUACUCCUUCCCCAAAGGGACCCUCCUCCAUGGUUAUUACAUCACCAAGCUGUUCCAACCCUUCCUCUGGUUAUUACAUCACUUGGCUGCUCCAACCAGGAAUCGAACUCCCCACACUUGGUUCCAGAGCCCCCCAAUGUGAUUGUUCCGCCAACUUGGAUGUGCCCUGGGGGGCAGGUUUACAUAAUGAUUUGAAUACACAUUAUGUGGUGAUAGAUAAUUGGAUCAGAAUUCUUCCCAAAAAAAAAAAAAAGAAAAGAAAAGAGGAAAGAACAAAAAUAUACUUUUUUUUUUGACACGUCGUCUGUAUGUUGCUAAUGGGGCUUCAACUGAGCCUUGUAUGGCUAGAAAUGCCUUCCACUUGACGAUCUCUUUUUCAAAUUUAGCUUUUUCUCUCAGCUGAUAGCUUAGCUCACGCUCUGGCAAAGGAUGACGUUUGGGUAGAAAAGCCUUCUAGUUUUAUUGUAAAAUGGAAUGGUGGUUGUAGAAUAGAACGCGAGUGUGUCAAAUGCUACAUCCGUCUUAUAAGGGUACGCUUUAUUAUUUUUAA